AUGGCUACAACAAGAUUUAAUGUCUCUUGCCGCUUUCCCGCGAGCAUAAGAGUCCAUUACAAGAGCUAUGUCGGUCUGAAAGCAAUGACGGAGAGGAUUAGCUAUCCCCAAACCCUAGCCACUCCUCGACACCAUCUUGUCCGAAUAGGAAAAGAAGAUCGGAGUUUGGUGGUGAGUGCUGAAAUGGCAGGUGGGGAGACACCGAAAAUAAGCAAUCCAGGAAAACCGAAGGGGUUUAUCGAGGAAAUGAGGUUCGUUGCCAUGAGAAUGCAUCCGAAAGACCAGGCAAAAGAAGGCAAAAGAGAGUACAAAUAUCCCCAAGACGGUCCUAUUGCGACGUGGAAGUUUACAGUCGAAGGGUAUUUGAUGUUUCUCGUGGAAAAUAAGCUUGUGUUCGACACGCUUGAACGAAUAAUUCACGACUCUACUGUCCCAACAUAUGCGAAGUUCAAAAACACAGGAUUGGAAAGGGCAACUAAUUUGGGUAGGGAUUUGGAGUGGUUUAAGGAACAAGGUUACGACAUUCCCGAGCCAAUGGCUCACUGUGAAAUAUAUUCAAAGUACUUAGAGGAUAUAGCAGAGAAUGAUCCUCCAGCAUUCAUCUGUCACUUCUACAACAUCUACUUUGCACAUAGCGCCGGUGGUCGAAAGAUUGGGACGAAGGUAUCUGAGAGAAUACUCGACAAUAAAGAACUUGAAUUUUAUAAAUGGGACGGCCACAUUUCUGAAUUGUUAAAGAAUGUGAGUGAAGAACUGAACAAAGUCUCUGAGUUGUGGACGAGGGAAGAGAAGAAUCAUUGUUUGGAAGAGACAGAGAAAGCGUUCAAGUUUUAUGGGGAGCUUUUUCGUUCCUUGGUGUCCUGA